CAUGCGUGACAACAGAGCCAGCUGCAGAGGCUUCCCUAGCCUUCGUCAAAUAUCGCGGGAGCUGUCUCCCUAAUCACUACGUAAUGUGCCGUGCUGCUUCUAGCGGCGCUGGUGACAGUGCUAAAAGCUGUUGGGUAUGAAGUGAAGCCGAACUGAAUUUUUGUACCAUCCGCAACUGCUUCAAGUUCAGAUCAAAACAAAGGAACUGAAGAAAGAAAGAAAAAACCUCCUUCCAAAAGCAGUAACUCCGAAGAUAACGUGGGAGGAACAGGAUCACUUCAAGGAUUUAAAAACACGAGUAACCAAAUCCUGAAACGACCAAAGAACACGCACACCUGCCCAACUGCAACACAGACGAGAAGCAAUCCUAUGCCCAAGCAUAUUUUGAGAAGCUAACUGAUCUGAAACCAGAAGUUUGUGCCUACUCAACAGCUUUGACAAAGCACACGUCCCAACGCUGCUCCUAGCCCUCCUCAUCCUUACUACGCUGCCGACUCACCUCCAGGGUGUGGAGUUGGUUGCUAUCUGCUAGUUCCCUCCCAUCGUUCCCCUCUCUCUCUCCCACCCUCUUCCUCUUCUCCCUCUGUAUUUCUUAAGUUUUCUGCACAGUGUUGUUGCACCUGCAAUUGCCUUUCAUGUGCUAGAUCUCUCCCCCCUUUUUACUUUAUGCAACCACCUAGAAGUUGAGCCAGAAACCUGUUAGCUGUGUGUGUGUGUGUAUGUAUGUAUGUGUGUGUGAGAAGAAGUCUGCAAAGUGAUCAAGAGCCUAGUUAUUGAAAAGACAAAAGUCAACAAAUAAGACAUCCAGCAGUGUAUCAUUGGGUGGUUGCGUAACCGUUUUUUGUCUUAAGUCCAGCAAAAAAUUCAAACCAGUAAUCAAGUUCAGCAAGUGCUCAAGCAAGCAAGUUUGGUUGGAGUUUAUGGGAAAAUAUGGGCAGCCCCUGGAAAGGCUUUGUUGAGUUUACCUUGCCUGCGUCACCACCUACCGCGUUUGUUAGCGCUGACCUGAGCAGCACCUCCCCCGUCGGACUCAGCUUGUCACCGUAUGGCCGAUCCAUGAGUUUCGACCCAGGCAUGCUCCAUAGUAACGGUCACACCGCAUUCGCCAACGGCACCGGGCCUGGCAUUAGAGAGACCGGUGUGGUGGAGAAGCUCCUGGCUUCAUACGGAUUCAUCCAGUGCUCCGAACGUCAGGCUCGCCUCUUUUUCCAUUGCUCCCAGUACAAUGGCAACCUGCAGGAGCUUAAAGUUGGAGAUGAUGUAGAGUUUGAGGUGUCCUCUGACAGGCGCACUGGCAAGCCCAUAGCAGUGAAGCUGCUAAAGAUAAAGCCAGAAGUGCUGCCAGAGGAGCGCAUCUCGGGCCAGGUGGGGUCAGACCUGCACGUCUAUCCCUUUACUGUGCUGCAUGGUUAUAUUCAUCCAGUUGUUUCAUCAAUCCCCGUGCAUUUGGAUGGGAAGUCUGCUCCCGGCCAGGUGCCCACUGGCAGCGUUUGCUAUGAAAGAAACGGGGAAGUGUUUUAUCUCACCUAUACUCCUGAUGAUGUGGAGGGUAACACUCACUUGGAGACGGGUGACAAAGUCAGCUUUUACAUGGAAACCAAUAAGCAUACCGGUGCAGUGAGCGCCCGUAAUAUUCAGCUGGUGAAGAAAAAGCAGGCGAGGUGCCAGGGUGUGGUGUGUGCUACCAAGGAGGCCUUCGGGUUUAUCGAGAGGGCAGAUGUGGUGAAGGAGAUUUUUUUUCAUUACAGCGAGUUCAAGGGGGAUCUGGAGGCUCUUCAGGCUGGAGAUGAUGUGGAGUUCACCAUCAAAGACAGAAAUGGCAAAGAAGUAGCUACAGAUGUGAGGCUCCUCCCACAAGGAACGGUUAUCUUUGAGGACAUCAGCAUCGAGCAGUUUGAAGGCACCGUCGUUAAAGUUAUUCCCAAGGUUCCCAGUAAAAAUCAGAACGAUCCUCUGCCCGGUCGCAUCAGCGCGAGGAUCGGUUUCACAGAAAAGGAGCUGCCUUUUGGCGAGAAGGACACAAAGUCUAAGGUGACGCUGCUGGAGGGCGAUCACAUUCAGUUUAACAUCUCCACCGACCGCAGAGACAAACUCGAGAGGGCUACCAACAUCGAAAUCCUCCCAGACACCUUCGAUUUCACCAAGGAGACUCGUGAAAUGGGCGUCAUCGCAGCGAUGCGAGACGGCUUCGGCUUCAUCAAGUGCGUGGAUCGAGAUGCAAGAAUGUUCUUUCACUUCAGCGAGGUCCUGGAGGAGACCCAGCUGCAUAUCUCAGAUGAAGUGGAGUUCACUGUUGUGCCUGUAGGUUCUGUUAAGCUUUUCACAAAAGAUAUGCUGUCGGCUCAGAGGAACCACGCUGUGCGCAUCAAGAAGCUUCCCAAAGGAACCGUGUCCUUUCACACACAGUCUGAGCAGCGCUUUGUGGGUGUGGUGGAGAAGGAGGUCAUCGGAGCCUCGAACAAGAGUGCAAGUCCAGUCAAGGGCAAGGAGAAGGAAGUGGAGGAAGGAGUGAUUUCCUAUGAAGACUGUGGAGAGAAGAUCACUAUACCGUAUCACACCAAGGAUCUGGAGGGAGGAAGCUACCCUCAGGCUGGAGAUAAGGUGGAGUUCUCAAUCAGUGAAGUGAAGCGAACUGGCCAGCAGAGCGCCGUGGCCAUCAGGAUCCUCAACCGCAACGCAAACUCCAACUCCAAGAGGCUUCUGGGAUUCGUCGCUGCCCUCAAAGAUAACUUUGGCUUCAUCGAAACAGCAAAUCACGACCAGGAGGUUUUCUUCCACUACAGUGAAAUGUGUGGCGAUGUGGAUAACUUGGAUCUGGGUGACUCCGUGGAGUACACGCUCUCUAAGGGAAAAGGAAAUAAAGUCAGUGCUGAGAAGGUUACCAAGAUGGCUGCCGACUCCAGAGUGAAUGGUGCUGGUGAGGAUGUCGAUGCAUCCGUGAUGACGGGGAAAGUCAUCCGUCCCAUACGCAGCGUGGACCCCUCGCAGACCGAGUACCAAGGGCUGAUUGAAGUCACAGAAGAAGGUGGUGGGAAAGGGCCGACCUAUCCCUUUGGAAUCAUGGGAAUGACGAACAAGGCAGAUUGUCUGCAGAAGGGAGAACACGUGAAGUUCCAGGUUUGCACCGUCACUCAGACGGGCCAGAAGAUGGCCUGUAACGUUGUCCCUCAGCGCAGAGCGGCAGUGGAGUGUGUCAAAGACCAGUUUGGCUUCAUCACCUAUGAAGUGGGUGAGAGCAAGAAGCUGUUCUUCCACGUGAAAGAAGUGCAGGACGGCGUGGAGCUUCAGACCGGGGAUGAAGUGGAAUUCUCUGUCGUCUUCAAUCAGCGCACGGGGAAAUGUAGCGCUUGCAACGUGCGCAGAGUCAGCGAGGGGCCCAAACCGGUGGCGACGCCACGUCCCGACCGUUUGGUCAACCGCCUGAAGAGCAUCACUCUCGACGACGCCAGCGCUCCUCGUCUGGUCAUCGUGAGGCAGCCCCGUGGUCCCGACAACUCUAAGGGCUUCAGCGUGGAACGCAAGACUCGCCAGCCUGGUGUCAUCGACUGAGCAAUACACAACCCAUCCCAGUAGGCAUCAGGGGGGCGGGGUUUAAGGGAAUCUCAUCCGAAACACGCUUGUAAACCAACUCAUGUUAAAAACGCGCAUGCAGCAACCGGCAUGUGGAGUAUUUGCCCUCAUCGAUACCUGUAAGAACUUUUUUUAUUGCCGGCCUUCCAAGUAUGCCGAUGGUUUCAUUCUGCAGUGAAUGUGUGUGAGCGCGUGUGUAACGGAGGUAUUUGGAUGUAAGGGGCGUCGUUCCUCUAUGUGGUGUGUGACGGUGUGGCUGUUGUAGUCCUGAUCCCGUCGAGUCCGCUUCGUCUGGAAUUCUGCACCUGUAACCUGUUUGACUGCGUAGAUGAGCGUCGGAAUGCCGGCAUGUCUUUAAACCUCUGCUUCGUUUUCGUUCUUCGUGUUUCUUCGCUCAUCAAGUUGUCUCUGCUGUAUGCUUCCCUACAAAAGGCAUAAAGCAACGUUCCCUCCAUAAGGAGGAUCCUAUUUCUCAUCUGUGCUCGUUUUAUUUGAGCGGUGUUAAAAUGCUUUACUGAAAGACCGAAGUAAAGGCGUGGUGUGAGAGAUGGAGGUGGGAAUUCCCGUCACCAGUCUAGAGCCUCGAGAUGCCUCUCCGGUAUUCACACGCUCCACUUUUCCCAGGUGCAGAAUUCCUUGUGGCAUCUUUAUACCCGUAAUUCUUUUUAUUAUUCCUUUACUAUUCCUGCACAUUAUUUUGCUUUUUUUUGUUUUUCCUCAAAUGGAAACUUGAUCCUCUAAUAAGUAAAGAAAAUUGUGCCUACAAGCUACAAAGUGAAAUAAAGCAAAAAUAAAAAAAAAGAAAAAAAACAAAAA